CUUGCUAUAUCAAGAGGAGACACACACAGGUCCUGUUCUCUGCCCCCUCUCCUUGAUUUCCAACCAUCUUGACUGAGGAGGACUUCCUAGAAGCUCCCAAGAUUGCGCGUGGUUGCGUAAACCUGCAGUUAGCCUAAUCAGGCAACUGCGUUUUGAUAGGAGACUUGGGUUUCUUUUUCCGGCCGUGACCAACAUGGCUACGACUGCUGCAUAGCAAGAGCAAAGUAGAAGAAAGCGGGGAGUGGGCAGAGAGAAGACAGCAACGGAGACCAUGAAAUCCUAUCAGAAACUGACCACUGAUGUCUCUCAGAUCACCGAGGCUGGGGAGGAAGGUGCCGAUGGAAAACCGCUAUGCCAUCAGAAGUUGUCUGCUUGGUGGCUAGGUGGGGGCCUCUUGAUGGUAGCCACCCUCCUUAGUGGGGUGACUGUUUGGGUUCUUGGGCAGAUUUGGUGGGAUCAGCAUGGAAUUCCCUUCUGGUCAAAAUGCACCUCUGUGCCAGAAAACCGUCGCUUUGACUGUUACCCUGAGAGAAAUGUGAUUGUGACACGAGAACUUUGUGAGGGUCGGGGGUGCUGUUUUGUGGACAGUGAGAGGCCCCUAGAUAGAAUGAAGGGGGUUCCAUGGUGCUUUUAUCCCCCUGAUUUCCCCAGCUACACCCUGGGGAGCAUGAAUGAGACUGACCUGGGGAUGGUGGGUUUUCUGACCAGAAAGACAAAGGCUUACUAUCCAAAAGAUAUUGAGAAGUUGCAUCUCAGCGUGGAGUUCGAAACAGAUUCUCGGUUGCAUGUCAAGAUCACCGAUGCCACCAAUCCUCGGUAUGAGGUGCCCCUUGAUGUUCCUCAAGCCACAAAGAGAGCGGAGAAUCCUCUCUAUUCCAUUGAGUUCUGCAAGGAGCCUUUUGGUCUGAUCGUGAAGCGAAGAGUUUCAGGGACAGUUCUGUUGAACACAACUGUGGCUCCCCUGUUUUUUGCAGAUCAGUUUCUCCAGAUUUCUACUGUUCUACCUUCGACGUUUCUUUAUGGGUUGGGGGAACAUGAGAGUAACUUCCUACAUAAUCUGGAGUGGAACACGCUGCCUUUGUGGGCCCGAGACGUCCCUCCUGCAGAGUCCUACAAUCUCUAUGGCGUCCACCCAUUCUAUCUUCUCAUGGAGAAAGGUGGAGCUGCGCAUGGGGUUUUCCUCCUGAACAGCAACUUGAUGGAGGUGGUCCUUCAGCCUGCUCCUGCCCUCACAUGGAGGACCAUUGGGGGAAUUUUAGAUUUUUACAUCUUUUUAGGACCAGACCCCAACUUGGUGGUCCGGCAAUACCAGCAGGUGAUUGGGUUUCCAGCCAUGCCCCCCUUUUGGGGACUGGGAUUCCAUCUCUGCCGUUGGGGGUAUGAGACGAGCAACAAGACGUGGGAGAUGGUGAAAGCUAUGCGGAAUUUUCAGAUCCCUCAGGAUGCCCAGUGGAAUGACAUUGAUUACAUGAACGGCUCCCGGGACUUCACCGUGGACUCCGAGAGGUUCGCCAGUCUCCCCCAGCUGGUAGAAGAUCUUCAUAAGCACGGACAAUACUACGUGCUGAUCCUGGACCCCGGAAUCAGUAGCACUCAACCUCCUGGCUCUUACUGGCCUUAUGAUGAAGGUCUGAAGCGUGGCGUAUUCAUCAACAACACGCAAGGGAAACCUCUGAUAGGAAACGUCUGGCCCGGCUUCACUGCUUAUCCUGACUUUUCUAACCCAAACACUCAUCGUUGGUGGCUAGAAAACCUGAACCGUCUUCACGCUCUGGUUCCUUUUGAUGGCCUUUGGAUCGACAUGAAUGAACCAUCCAACUUUAUUGAUGGCUCAACAGAAGGAUGUUCCCAAGGAGAGCUAGAUAACCCACCUUAUGUGCCUGGGAUCCUGGGAGGUUUCCUUUCUGCAAGGACUAUUUGCACCUCGGCCAAGCAAAGCGUCUCUGUGCAUUACAAUCUCCACAACCUCUAUGGGCUGAUGGAAGCAAAGGCCACUGCAAGUGCUCUGGUUGAAAUCCGAGGGAAGAGACCCUUCAUUAUUUCACGUUCCACUUUCCCAAGCCAGGGCAGAUAUUCAGGACACUGGCUGGGUGACAACCAGAGUGAAUGGAAGGAUAUGUUUUGGUCCAUUCCAGGAAUGCUGAGCUUCAGUCUCUUUGGAGUCCCGUUGGUUGGGGCCGACAUCUGUGGCUUCUUCAAAUCCACCUCAGAAGAACUCUGUAUUCGCUGGAUGCAGCUGGGGGCUUUCUAUCCCUUUUCACGAAAUCACAACAGCCAGGAUGAGCAGGCUCAAGAUCCCACAGCCUUUAGCCCGGCCGGCCGGACUGCCAUGAAGGAGGCCCUGGAACUCCGCUAUGCCCUGUUGCCACUUCUGUAUACUCUCUUCCAUCGGGCUCAUCUGCAAGGGGACACUGUAGCCCGCCCUCUGUUUUUUGAGUUCCCGAAGGAUGAGGCCACCUAUGCAUUAGACAAGCAGUUUCUUUGGGGCCGGGGCCUGCUGGUGACACCAGUUCUGGAAUCUGGCGCAGACUCAGUGACUGGUUACUUCCCCAGAGGUGUUUGGUACGAUUACUACACGGGUUCUUCAGUGAACAGCAGCGGGGAGAGCUUGAGAAUGGCAGCACCUCUAGAUCACAUCAACGUCCAUCUGCGAGAGGGGACCAUCCUGCCCACUCAGAAACCUGGAGGCAGCACUUGGCUGAGUCGCCGGAACCCCCUGAGACUGAUUGCGGCCUUAUCCCAGAAUGCCAACGCCUGGGGAGAUCUUUACUGGGAUGAUGGCGAAAGCCUGGACACCUUUGAAAAGGGCGACUAUUCGUACUUGGUGUUCAACGUCAUGCAAAACACCUUCACGUCCACCGUCCUGCAUUCCAGUGUGGAAGCCACCUACAUCACAGUGGAGAAACUCAGUGUCUACGGAGUCCGGGAAGAGCCAAAAACUGUCACCGUCAGUGGCAAAGACUGGCCAUUCACCUAUUUGACCAAUCAGGUACUCAGCGUGAGCGACCUGCGGCUUCCCCUCAGCCAGGGGUUCUAUAUUCGGUGGAUGUGAGUCCAGGAGCGUUUCCUCAGCCCCACUUGCAUGACCGCCACCGCCACGAGCAGAUUGAGCUGUUGCUUGCGUGGAACCUCGGCCUGGGACCCCCACGUACCUCUGUGGCUGUGCCUUUCCAAUUAAGCCCUGCCGUUGCCUCGCCGCAUCUUCUCAGGAAAGGUCUCCCGGCUUCUCUUCCUGCUGCCUCUGCUCCAAGUUGUUCUGCACAGAUCUCCCAUCUUCUUCCGCGCUUCUCUCCCCGAGAAUCUGUUGCACGCUGCCAAACGUUCCACACUCCCCGAGUGGCGCUUUGCAGUUUUGCUGGAAAAGGAGAACCUCGAGUCGGAGCCACUGGAUUGGAGUUCCUGAUGCAUCGGCAUUUUGUUCAGUAGCCCAGGAUUUAUGGAGACUCCUUCCACUGUUGCCUGGACCUGGACUGUAGGCAUGCAAGGCGUCUCAAACUCCGCCUUUUCCAUUUAAUAUACUUGGCUAUUAAGGCUGGGGGAAAUUUCCACCCCAAAAUCUGGGAGCGUAUCUGGCAGGUGGUUCUGAAUGAGAAGGGCCACUGAUCUGUCCCAGUCGUAGCCAAAUCCUAGUGCAAAAGGGGAUUAUUGAAUUCAAGACCAGGCAGUCUUUUGCAGAAAAUGCAGGUCCUCUGAGCAGAAGGCUAAAAUCUUAGAGUCAACCGAGGCACUGUUCUCUGCCACUGAGUGAAACCAAGGUUUAAGGGAGGAUUUGGAAGUUUGUAGGCACAUGGUCCGUUCUCUCCUACUGGCCUAAGUCUCCAGCUCAAAGCCAGAAUUGUUCUGGUUCCGAGUCUGAGAUUCCCCACAUUCUUAGUGUACCUCAACACUGAAGGCGAAUCCUGUAUUUUGCUAGCAUUGCUGGUAAAACCCACAUCGGUUAAGGUAGCAUUCCGCCCCGUAACCGACCUGCUCCGUUCCUGUCAGGUAAGUUAGCCCGUGCGGAACACCCUUCGCCAAGAGCCGAGCCCGAGUGCCCAGCUCCCGUUAUUAGACAUCUGGGAUUAUCUGUGCAACACGAUGGCCAAGGCACAGAUAUCUUGGCUACCUAGCCAAGUUGGCAACAUCACCAAGGGCGAUUCCGCAAUAUUCUGCGGCCUUGAGAGACGAACUGCUUUUGCGUCCUGAGGUCUGGGGGGCUUUGGUGCGGGGCCGUGGCCAACGCUGCGGAGGGGGUGAGGCUUCACCUCUUCUGCCCCGCCAGGAUGAGAGCUCGGAGCGUCGUUCUCGGCGUUACGCUGACUUGCCAUGCCCCCUGGAUCGGGCAGGGCCUGUGGUCCAGCCCUGGGCUCACCCUCAGCGUGAAUGUCUGUAGCAUGCUAAAAUGCGCAGGUUCCUCUUUCAGAAAAUCCCACUUUGCCCUAUUUUCCCACCAGCGGUUUUCCCUCCCGCUGUAGUUUUGCAACUAAAUAUUUUCAACUAUUUCAGGUUUUCCCUCUAGAGCAGCAU